UAUCUCAUCUCUACCACACUGGAAGUGAAACAGCCUCAGAAACACAGCAGACUGAGGAGUGAAUUUAGCAAAGAUGAACAACUCUGACUAGGAAAAACAGUGGAAUGGAGUGAUAUGGAUUUUAGCAAUGCAACACUUGAAUAAUGAGGAGGAGGUCUGGCGGAACUGAAGUUGACUGUGUUUAAGAUGAAGGAAAUGGAAACCACGCGUGUGUGUUUGUGUGUGAGAGAGAGAGGGAGGCACAGAGAAUGAAAGCAGGAAAAUGUGUAGGCUGUGAUAAAUGUUCACUCAGUGACUGACUCCAGACUAAAGCACUGAAAAUGAACCUGCCUUGACAAUAAACACGUUUUUAUUAUAGUAUUCCCUUCAUUCGCCAUGGCUAGACUAGUUCAGUUUUUUAUCUCGAUAGUAAACAGCAUUCUUGUGGUUUUCAUUGUCCUUGUACCUGUAGAUACACAAGAUCCAGUUGCUUCAUGUGUCGCUGAAAUCAAAAUUCGGAAGAACACUGUUUACACGGCCUCAAGUGCGAGCAUGUUGAACAUCUCUUGCCCUGUGACAUAUUGCAAGGAGAUUCCUGUUGUUGAAUGGAUUAAAAUUGAUGAUACAAGCAAGUUUAUACACAUCAGUGGAACAAAUCAAGUAACAAUUACACAAGAACAAGCAGGGUUGAAGGACAUCGUCUCAUAUUUGAGCUUCAGGAACAUAUCAACAGAUGAUAAUGGCAUUUACAGAUGUAUGAUUUCCAAAUCAGCCUUUUCAUUAGAAAGCCACAAUAUUAAUGUCAAUGUUUCAGUUUUCAGCUACCACGACAAUACAAAUAACACCAUUGGCUUUGAAGAGAAAGUGCCAGGUGUCAGUUGGCUUUCGUAUGUCUUCAUUGGCUUCGGAAUACUCUGCCUGGUCAUGAUCGUAAUGUUGAUCUCUUUCCUGUGCAUAAAUCUGCAUUCAAGAAAAUCUAACAGCCACAGACACAAAAAUGCAACAUGCUGUCCAAAGCCACCGAGCGCCACCACAUCAGGAAAGUCCCAGGAAAUUCCAGAAGAGCAAAAUAACAUCUAUGAUGCACCUACAGAUGAUUUACACCCAGAGCUGGACUCUCUGUAUAUGGGGAGUGAUCAGGAAUGCACACUUGACAUGAGGAAUGGAAACAGGAUUGGUGAUGGAUCACAACAGAUUGUAUAUGCAACUCUUCAACAUCCCACACCCCGAGAACCUUCUGCAGUCCGCCAUAAAUCAAGAGAACAGCUGUCGGAGUAUGCCUCCAUCCGAAUUUGCUAAAAACCUCUGGGAAUAAUUUGGGAGGAUUUCAGAAUUUCAGUGAACUAGUAGUGGUAUAAGCACUGUGAUGUGCAAAACAGGAGCUGUAGGUAUUGAAAAGUGUUCUCAAAUACAGUAUGCAGAACAUAUAAUAGGACUCUUUCCAGAGUAAAAGAAUUUCCAAACACACCACUUAUGAUCACAGCACAGGUUGAACUUUUCCGGUUUAAGACCAAUUGUGUAAAUAUAUGCCAUUAUAUGAAUUUAUUCAUACCAUUAGAGAGUUUCUGAAUUUUUAUGGGCAUUCUACUCAUUCAGAUGUAGAUUUGAAACAUUGUGUAUCAUACUGAAUUAACAGCACUUCCAUGUCUUACAUAAAAUUGAAUAAAAUAUGUAUACAAGUCUACAUAUUAUUCAUACUUUUUUUUAAUGACUGAGGUUUAGAUUAAAACUUCAUUUCAAGUGAGCAGACGAUUGAGCUGACAUCUAUAUUAACUAAAUAAUAACCAUAACAACCUUCAUACUAUGUGAUAGUAAUCUCCACCACUAUCCUGUGAUUUAAAAAUAAAUAUAAAUACAGCAGGGACACCAUGGAUAUACAUCACUGAUCACUGGGGGCCACUUUGUGAACCAUGGA